AUGGCUAUCCAGUGGCUGGAGGACGAGCUGGACGUGGACGAAGAGUUCAAGAUCAAGAUCGAGGUACCCGUAGGAGACACUUCGCAAACGUUCGAGAGCAACGAGAAGGCGUGCGAGAUCUGCAACGAGAGGUUCCACUUUGUUACGCGUUUGGUCGCCCAUCUAAGAAUCGUCCAUGGGAUUCACAGACCCUUCAAGUGCAACACUUGCGACAAGACCUAUCCCCAGCAAUUCAUGCUAAAUGCCCACGUUAAGAAAUCCCACACCCCGAAGACCGUCCCCUGUGGGGUCUGCGAUUUCAUGGGAGUGUCGGCUACGGACGUGGAGCGUCACAAGAAUCGCCAUCACAAGGACGUCAAGUUCACCUGCGAGAUCUGCAGCGAGGUCUUCUUCGAGAAAUCCGCCCUGAUGACCCACACGACCAUGCAUGACUUCAUGCAAUUUCAACAGUGCAACGCGUGUGGCAGCACCUUUGAUGACGUGUACUCCCUUAAGGAGCAUAACAG